GGCGGACUUCUGAAAUAACGUGAAAAUAAGGUAUUUAGAGCAUUUUAACAGAUCACCUGACAGAUGGUUAAUUUGGGAUUUAAUAAUAAUACGUUACAAGAUUUAAAUGAAUCUUCCACUCAGUCUUGUUCUAGCAGAAAUUUUCCAAAUUUUCUUGGAGAAAGAAAUUAUGCUGAUUUGAAAUGUAUAAAGGGUAAAAGUCUUCGAGAGAAAUUUCAUGAAUUAUUGCCUCCUAAUCAUUCUGCACAUCUAAAAUCUGAACUUGAUAAACGUAUCGAUCGUUUCAGGGAAUCUUGUUUACACUUGGUUGGAAAAGAUUCAGUUAAUAUCAAAGAGCUUGGUACAUGUGCAAUGUUUAUUUUAUUAGGCGAUAUGGGUGAACAGUUGAUGGAAUUGUUAAAUCGAGGCGUUUCUGUGAUGGACGUACCUCGUCAUUGUUCUGUCAAAAUCUUAAAACCAAAAAUCUUGAGUAAAAUUGGUGGUUCUGGUGCUGAUGAUGUUGAUAUUGCUUGGAUAGAAGUAUGUAAAUGUCUAGGUGGGAUACUAGCGUUUCAUCCGUUUAAAACAACCAAUCAAGAUGAGUUUAGUCAACUUUUCCGUUGUUGUCGUGUGGUUUAUCAAAGUGAUGAGUUCAUCACAAAAUCAACCAAUACUCACAAACAUAAGAAAAUUAUCAUGAGAAAUGUUACAUGUAAAAAAUCUUCGGUGGUUCAUAAUGUGAAAGAAAAAAAUGUGGAUAUAAAAGAAACAAACGGUUUUUAUGAUACUGAAAUAAGUGAUCCAUUAAGACGACUUCUUCUUACUCCACUUAUAGAACAAGAUCAAAAAAGAAAUUCUAAUCAACCUGGAACAUCGUCUUUGCUUUUUUCCUCUUCUACUUCUACAUCGUUACAAGCAACUAAUUUAAUUAAUUUAACACAGAAAUUAUCUUGUAAAGCUAAACAGUUAGAUAUUACAAAAGAGCAAUUUAUUCAAAUGAUUUUUGAUAUUUUGGCUUCAUCCAAAUCAAAUGAUGAAGUACAAGAAGAGUUAUUUGAAUUGAUUGGAUUGGAUUGUGUCGAUGUGAUUUUUGAUCUGAUCAGUCGCCGUGCUGAGUGGACAAAUGUUUAUUUUACAACGGAAGGAUCUUCUGAACAGAAUGAUGCAAAACAAUCCGAACAAAUUAAAAAUGAUGAUGUAAACAAUUCCAAUGUUUUCGCUGAUCCAUUGACUGCGUCUAAUACACGUCAAGCAAGAAUUGAAGAGAAUGCAUUGAAAACCAUGGAACGUUUACGUAAAGCUUUGAAUAAUCGAUCAUCCGGAUCUCAGUCAAAUGAUAAUGAUUUACCUCAUGUUUAUGAUGCAUCAGCUAAAUUACGAAAAAAUUCUAUUAUGACAGAUACUUCUAAACUUUUAUUACCGGAAAAUGUGAAAUAUCAACAGUUGGCACUAUGUGAUCAAGUCGAAUUUCCUUUAUCCGCUAAGCCGCCGGAAGAUAUACUGAACGUGAAGCGGGUUAAAAUUAGCUCUUUAGAUGAAAUUGGUCAAAUGGUAUUUCAUGGGAUGAAAGAAUUAAAUUUAAUCCAGUCAGUCGUCUAUCCACUUGCUUAUCAUACAUCAGAAAAUCUUUUAAUCUCAGCUCCAACUGGUGCGGGUAAAACAAAUGUUGCACUGCUUACUAUUGUUCAAUUACUUCGUACUUAUAUGAAAGAGGAUAAUGUUUUAGACUUGAAAGCGUUUAAAAUUGUUUAUUUAGCUCCAAUGAAAGCGUUGGCAGCUGAAAUGGCCGAUACAUUUUCAAAACGUCUUAGUCCUUUAGGAGUACAUGUUAGAGAAUGUACUGGUGAUAUGCACUUAAGUAAACAAGAGUUACUUGAAACUCAGAUGCUUGUUAGUACACCAGAAAAAUGGGAUGUUAUCUCACGUAAAGGUACUGGGGAUGCCAAUUUAGUUAAAUUAGUCAAACUACUUAUUAUUGAUGAAGUUCAUUUAUUACAUGAAGAACGUGGUGCUGUUAUUGAAGCCUUAGUUGCACGUACUCUUCGACAAGUUGAAAGUUCACAAACGAUGAUCCGAUUAGUUGGUCUAUCAGCUACUCUACCGAAUUAUAUCGAUGUGGCUCGAUUUCUAUGCGUAAAUUUACAACGUGGUUUAUUCUAUUUCGAUUCACGUUUUCGACCUGUACCAUUGGCCAUGUCAUUUAUUGGUAUUCGUGGAUCAAAUCGAAAAGUCCAAGAUUUAAAUAUGAGUAUAAUUUGUUAUGAGAAAGUUUUGGAACAAGUUAAACAAGGUGAACAGGUGAUGGUAUUUGUUCAUUCACGUGGUGAUACAUUUCGAACAGCUCGUGCUCUUCGUACAUCUGCUCAACAACUUAAUCAUAUGAUGUAUUUUAGAAAUAAUGAUAGUUCAACUAUAAAAAUCUGUUUAAAAAAGAUACAAAAAUCAUCUGAUUCUACUAUCAAAGACCUAGUACCUGAUGGUUUUGCUUGUCAUCAUGCUGGAAUGUUACGCGUUGAUCGAACUCUUGUUGAAAAGCUAUUUGCAGAUGGUCAUAUACGUGUACUUGUUUGUACUGCAACCUUAGCAUGGGGUGUUAAUCUGCCAGCACAUGCUGUUAUUAUUAAAGGUACACGUGUUUAUAAAGCGGAAAAAUCAGAUUUUGUCAAUUUAGAUAUAUUGGAUGUUUUACAAAUAUUUGGUCGUGCUGGUCGACCACAAUUUGAUACUCAUGGUCAAGCUACUUUAAUAACUAAUCAAGAAUCACUAGCCCAUUAUUUACGUUUCAUAACAAAUCAAGGUCCGAUUGAAAGUAAUUUACUCACUAAUUUACAUGAUCAUUUAAAUGCUGAGAUUUCUUUAGGUACAGUUUCUAAUAUUGAUGAAGCUGUAACAUGGUUGAGUUACACGUAUUUAUUUAUACGACUAAGACAAAAUCCGCUGAAUUAUGGAUUAACUACAGCUGUUCUUGAACGUGAUCCUGAUCUAGUUGAAUUCUUAGGUCGUGUUGUGCGUACUUGUGCUACCGACUUAGAUUGUGCUGAAAUGGUCCGUUACGAGCCAGCUACUGGUCAAUUAGCAUCAACAGAUCGUGGACGUACGGCUAGCUUAUUUUAUAUACGUUAUGAAACCGCAGCUAUGGUUAAAGAUGCCUUAGAACCAACAAUGAUGAUUCCACAAAUAUUUGCUAUGUUAAGUGAAGCAUCAGAAUUUGCAUCAAUGAAGGUACGUGAAGAGGAAGGCACUGAAUUAAUUGAUAUUAAGAAUAAAGUUUGUCAUUUACCGAUUCAACAAGCUGGCACAGUUGAUACAGAUGUUAUUGCAAAAGUGAAUGCACUAUUACAAGGUUACAUAAGUCGUCAUAAUCCCAGCUGUCAUUCACUUUCAUCUGAUAUGAAUUUUGUUCAACAAAAUGCUGGACGUUUAGUACGAUAUCUUUUCGAAAUUUCAUUACGUCAAGGUUGGUCACAAUGUGCCACGAUAACAUUGACUUUGGCUAGAAUGUUUGAACAAAGAUUAUGGAAUGACCAAAGUCCAUUGUGGCAAUUUGUAGAAAAUGGUAAACAACGGUUAAUUCAACGUGUUGAAGAACUCCAAUUCUCAGUUGAUCGCAUUCGUGAAACUGAUGUCAAUGAAUUAGCUUACCUCUUUCACUACCAAGGAAAAGACGGUGCUCGCGAAAUUCGACGUUUAGCUUUCUAUGUACCAAAAGUACAAUUGGCUGUAGAAUCACAACCUAUUACACGUACCAUUCUUCGUGUUAAGCUUACAAUUGAGCCAGAUUUUACUUGGUCAAAUCCAAUUCAUGGAUUACAGCAAUCAUAUUGGGUAUGGAUUGAAGAUCCUGAUCAAGGUGUUAUAUUUCAUUCAGAAUAUUGGACAUUGACUAAACGCAUGUUCAAUUCAAAAACCCCACAAAUUUUGAAUUUCACUAUUCCAUUGUAUGAACCUUAUCCAACUCAAUAUUUUGUUCGUAUUCUCAGUGACUGUUGGCUUGGAACUGAUUCAACCUGUCCAAUUUCAUUGAAACGUCUCAUUCUACCGAGUAGUGAUCCACCUCAUACAGAUUUACUUAAAUUACAACCAUUACCAGUGACAGCCUUGAAAAAUGCUAAUUAUGAGUUAUUAUAUAACUUUCCAUAUUUUAAUCCUAUACAAACUCAAUUAUUUCAUACAUUAUAUCAUCAAAAUGUCAAUGUACUAUUAGGUGCACCUACUGGUUCCGGCAAAACUGUUGCUGCUGAGUUAGCCAUUUUUCGUGUAUUUAAUGAAUAUCCGAAACAAAAAUGUGUGUAUAUUGCUCCAUUAAAAGCACUUGUACGUGAACGUAUUGAUGAUUGGAAUAUUCGAAUCGGCCAAAAAUUAAAGAAACGAGUUGUUGAAUUAACUGGUGAUAUCACUCCAGAUAUUAAACAGUUACUACGAUCUGAUUUAAUAGUUACUACACCUGAGAAAUGGGAUGGUAUUUCACGAUCAUGGCAGCAUAGAUCAUAUGUUCGUCAAGUUGCAUUAAUUAUUAUUGAUGAAAUUCAUUUACUUGGCGAAGAACGAGGUCCUGUAUUGGAAGUUCUUGUUUCUCGAGCAAAUUACAUCGCAAAUCAACUUGGUCAACCAAUUAGAAUUAUUGGUUUGUCUACAGCGUUAGCCAAUGCACCAGAUCUGGCUGCAUGGUUACAUGUUCCAUUCACUAUGACGUCCAUUGCAGAGGUUGCUUCGAUUUCUGGCACUAGUUAUGGAUUAACUGGUAGAGGUUUAUUUAAUUUUCGACCAUCUGUCAGACCAGUUCCUUUGGAAGUUCAUAUACAGGGUUAUCCAGGUAGACAUUAUUGUCCACGUAUGGCUACCAUGAAUAGGCCAAUUUUUCAAGGUAAAACUAUCGAUUGAAUGAAUUUUAUUUUUGAAAAUCAAGUUUCUAAUACAUAUAAAUUAUAGCUAUCAAUCGUAUCCUGGAGUGUUGGUUUAAUAUUAUAUGGAACUUGUCAAUUAGAUUCACCGGGAUUUUUAUACAGAAUAGAACCUGGUAGAGACAAGUUCAAAGUCCAAUGUUUUACCCAAACCACAGUACCUCUGACAAUACAAAAAAUGGUUUACUCCACAUUGACUACACAAGUACAAACAUUGAAGAGAAGAACAUCAUCACGGUACAGUUUCAUCAAUUGACGUACCGGAAAGUUCGUAUCAUUUAUUAAUCAACAGACUUGCUUGAUGUUGAUUUAAUCUAUGAACCUAUACCAAAAAGUUCAAUCAGUCACAAGCUCAGAGAUAAUCCAACGAAGACAGUCCAUCUGUAUCCAAAGGAAAAUGAAGACGACGAAAUUUACGAAGAUGUAAAAAUCACAAACAAGGUCAAUGUAAUGAACCGAUAUAAUACUUAUGGAAUAACUAGAAAGCUUACUUCUACAUGAAGUAGGCACUGAAGAUAUUGUUUAUAAUGACAAUGAAAGCUCCCCAGUUAAAUCAUCUAGCUCGAAGAACUCAACAUCAUCAAAAGCAUCCGCUCUAGCUACACAUUUACUCCAUCAUUUCAAACUACUGAACUCAAUUAGUCAUUAAAGUAUUUGGCAGUUAUUUAUUUGUGUUUGUUCGGUGAAAGACAAACAUUUACUGAUAUGAUAAAACAAAAAAGAGAUAUUAUUCCAGGCGGUUUUUUAAUGUCAACUUAGUAUGAAUGCUGUCCAACAUGACAGGUGUGAACACUCGUUCAGUGUGACUAUAUUUCGGGAUAAAACAGAGGCGAUUCGGAUAUAAUAUUUUCGAAUGAAAAAGAAUAUUAUUCAGAAAAGACCAAUAUCACAAAACGACAUAAGCUAAGAAUGCAUUCGUCAUCGGGGUUUAUUUGACAGUUGUUUUACCUUAAUUUCGAGCUCCUAUGUGGUAUGCACCCACGGCUUAAUCAGACAUCGUUCUAUGCAGUAGUAUUAUUCGUUAACCUUUUGGUCGUCGAAUCACUGUGGCCAUUUUUUUCAUUUCAUGGUGGUCGUUUGGUUCGAACAAUCUUCCAGGAUGUUGUAAAUAUGUCGAGGCCUUCAUCUUAUUCAUUAACGAGUUUUAUACAGAAAAAGAAACUAAUUAUUAAAUGUUUUUUAAUAAACUUACUAUUAAUGUAGCAGGUUUGUGAAGGAUUUCGAAUUGCAUAGUGUGCAUCUGAUGAGAAACUGUGAUCAACAGAAUUUAGUCACGUUUGGUGUGAUGAAGAAGUGCUUGUCCACAUAAUAGCAUCUAAGUUGGUUGUUCAGCAUCACGAAGCGAUUAAAGACUAAGCAAUCACCGCGAAACCUGAAUGUCCUAUGUUUGAUCCUUAAAGGGGGUUUGUAGAUGUACAUUGAUGUGGAGUCCCGCACUAUGAUAAAACAGUACUUUGGUUGUUCUUGAUUUUCAAAUGCUAUCUGAUUACACAAUUAAUAGUCAUUCUCCGAAUAAACCUGUCCUAAUAUUUGUAUCAAGUCGUCGACAAACUAGAUUAACUGCUUUGGAUUUGGUUAGCUAUGUUGCAGCUUCUGAUAAUUCCAAAUGUUGGUUGCAUAUGAAACCAGAAGAAAUGGAAUCAAUUUGUGAAAAUAUACAAGAAACAAAUUUACGUUUAACUUUAACCUUUGGUAUUGGUUUACAUCAUGCUGGUUUACAGAAUAAAGACCGUUCAUUAGUCGAGGAGUUAUUCACAAAUCGAAAAAUACAAAUUUUAAUCGCUACUUCAACAUUAGCCUGGGGUGUCAAUUUCCCAGCUCAUUUGGUCAUUGUCAAAGGUACCGAAUAUUAUGACGGGAAAACAAAAACCUAUGUGGAUUAUCCAAUUACUGAUGUUCUUCAAAUGAUGGGACGUGCUGGACGUCCACAAUUCGAUGAUCGAGGCAAAGCUGUAAUUAUGGUGCAGAAUUCAAAGAAAACGUUUUAUAAAAGAUUUCUAUAUGAACCAUUUCCUGUAGAAAGUUAUUUACUACAUGUACUGCCGGAUCAUUUGAAUGCGGAAAUAGUAGCUGGUACAAUAACGACUAUGCAAGAAGCUUUAGAUUAUUUAACGUGGACAUUCUUUUUUCGACGAUUAUACUCAAAUCCAUGUUAUUACGGUCUAGAAAGUUGCGAUACAAAAUCGGUGAAUAAUUUCUUAUCUGGGCUUAUUACAAAUGCAUGUGACCAGUUACGAGAUUCUUCAUGUUUACAAUAUGAUCAAACUGAUCAUAAUCAGUAUGUACUGAUACCAACUACUCUUGGUCGUUUGGCGUCAUAUUAUUAUUUAUCACACUUAACUAUGAAAUUAUUUACCACAACAAUUCAGUCAACAUCGAGUAUCCAUGAUUUAUUGAGAAUAUUAUCAAGUGCACAUGAAUACUUCCUAUUACCUGUACGACAUAAUGAAGAUGAAAUGAAUAAACUAUUAGCCAAUGAAUUACCUUUACCACCUAUCGGUCCAAUGGAUUCUCCACAUACAAAAGCACAUUUAUUAUUUCAAGCUCAUUUUUCUCGUAUUAAAGAAUUGCCGAUUAUUGAUUAUCGUACAGAUACACAAUCGAUUUUAGAUCAAGCUAUUCGAAUAUUACAAGCAAUGUUAGACGUUAGUGCUGAAUGUGGUUGGCUUCGUACAAGUUUAAAUUGUAUAAUUUUAAUGCAAAUGAUUACACAAGGCUUAUGGGUUGAAGAAUACGCCAGUAGUAUUUUACAAUUACCGAAAAUAACCAGUGAACAUUUGGAUUACUUCAGAUGUGAUCAUAAUCCUAACAUAAGUUCAUUACCAGAACUUAUUGAUUAUGUGGCUGGUUCACCUAACCUAUUAGAUUCCAUGCUACAAGGUCAUGUUGAAUCCGAUGUUAUCAAUAGUGUUAAAAAGGCGGUUAGACAACUACCUAUUGUUGAAAUACGCUCAUGUUUAGUUGGUCCUGAUCCAUCUGUCUCAUUGUCGUCAUCAUCACCAACACAGCUAUCUCAGUCAGUUAGAGUAUUUAAAAUAAAUACUAUUGGACAAAGUUCAAAUUGUCUAGAUGUAUAUGCUGAAACGGAGUAUCUUCUUCGUAUACAACUAAUACGAUCUUCUAUUGAUCAGACAAGUGGAAAUAAGCCAGUUAUGACUGGAUCUUUAAUCAAAUCGAAAUCAUACGAAGGUUGGUUUCUUCUAUUGGGCAAUUGUGAAGUCAAUAAAAAUUAUGGUGGUAAUUUAUUAACAUUGAAACGUGUCCCACCACAAUCAAUGACAAUACUUAAAAAAGACAAAAUGAACUCUUUGAAUAAUACUCGGAAACAUUUUAUCAAUAUACUUGUGAAAUUUCCACUACCAUUAACAUUGUUACGUAAUACCAAUGGUAAUAAUAAUGGUACUACUAUUAAUGAUAUCGAAGUGAAACAAUCUUAUCAAUUAACAUUAUUUUUAAUGUCUGAUACUUAUUUAGGCUUAGAUCAACAGAUUGAAUUAUUUUUUAAUGUAAUGUGUAAACCACCUACUCAGAUUAAUCAUGAUGAUAAAAAUGAUAAUGAUGAUAUUGAUGAAUUGGAAUAUGAUAAAGGUUAGUGCGGAUACUGUCGAAAUAUCAAGAUGAUGUAACCAUAUUUAGGUAUGAUGAUUACACGUGUAACUAUGUAUGAUUUGAGUGUUUGUUGACCAUACCAACGAUGAGUUAUUUUAUGUAGUACAAUAAGAAUUCAAUAAUUUAGUCUUUCAUUUAAAGUGUGAAUAUUUUUCUCUUUUUUUUCUUGUUCUGUAUAAAAUUUGCUCAAAUCCAAAUGGAUCGAUGUUAGUGAAUAGUGUUUCAUAUAAAAUUUUAUCGCUUAUCCCCUUUAUGUUGUAUUGUAUUUUUCAACAGUAUUUUCUUCUUCCUUUUCUUUCUGAAAAAAUUAUUCUUACCGCUUAUUACAGUUUAUUUUCUUAUCUGUUCUAUCGUUUUAUCUUGUAAAUUUAAUUGAAAUGUUAUAAAUUUCAUGGUUUGAAUUGUAUGUGUGCUUAUUUU